CAGCACUGCUGAUAUCUAAUAUCCAGCAAUUGCUUCUCUACUGCGUGAUUUUACGUUACGUAUUUUUUCUUUAUUUGUUUUUAAUAUAAGUUGUCUGGGUUGCCGCCUUAAAUUAUAAAGUGUAGGCCGGAAAUGACUUUUUCAUGAUCUUCUAAAUAGUGAUAUUUAACUUCAAAUUUUAUAAUUAGAAACGAUGAAUUUGUAUCCUACUACAUAAAUGUGAGGUGCUGCUCAUUUCUGUUGUUAACAACACCAGGAAGUGAUGAUUUUGUUCCUUUAAAAAAUAAUAAGGUGAUAUAUAGCCUGCAAUAAUAAUCUGAAUGACCACCAUGUUAAAUGUUCAAGGAUUACGGCGGAAUGUCAAAAAUGUUGUUCGAAAUUAUACAGAUGCUCAGGUCAAAGUGAGAGAGGCAACAUCUAAUGACCCAUGGGGACCAUCUAGUACUCUCAUGAGUGAGAUAGCAGAUUUGACUUAUAAUGUUGUUGCCUUCUCAGAAAUAAUGCAAAUGAUAUGGAAACGGUUGAAUGAUCAUGGUAAAAACUGGAGACAUGUAUAUAAGGCUCUAGUCCUUCUGGAGUAUCUAAUUAAAACAGGGUCAGAAAAGGUGGCUCAACAGUGUAAGGAAAAUAUUUUUGCUAUUCAAACUCUUAAAGAUUUCCAAUAUGUAGAAGAAAAUAAAGACCAGGGAAUGAAUGUAAGAGAAAAAUCUCGUCAAUUGGUAUCUCUCUUAAAAGAUGAUGAACGUUUAAAAAGUGAACGAUCCAGAGCUUUAAAAGCUAAAGAGCGCUUAGCUCAAGCAAUAUCACGCUCUGGCCGUGAAGCUGCUGGUGGGUCAUCGCCUGGGGGAAAAGAUUCAGCAGAAUCUUCACCGGAUGGAUUAUCAUCGAGUAGAGGAGCUGUUUGCACUGAGCUGGAAAAUGCUCGCCCCCAGACUGCUGGCGAAGAGGAAUUGCAACUUCAAUUAGCUUUAGCUAUGAGUAAAGAAGAAGCAGAACAAGAAGAGAGAUUACGCCGGAAUGAUGAUUUACGUCUUCAAAUGGCACUUACUGAAAGCCAAGAAAAUUAUCAAAAGAAAGGCUCAGACGACACUCCUAGUGCUUCUGCUGAUCUUUUGGCUUUGUGUUCAUCACCUACUAAUUCAACAAAACAAAAUACAGAUCCUUGGGGAAUGCCUAUUGCUAAUGUACCGUCUGAUCCUUGGCAGUCUGCCAGUCCUGUAACUGUUAAUGAAAAUGAUCCUUGGGGUGGCACAACUUCUCCUGCAGUUACAACGGCUGGAAGUGCUUGGGUCCCUCGUAUGUCUACUUCUGCAAGUGUAUCUUUUGAAGCUCUUGGAGGACGAUCAAAUGGAGAAUUAGACGAAUAUGAUUUGCUUAGUAAAAGAUCGGCCAUGAGUUCUCCAGAUACUAGCACAAAUAGAGGAACUCCAAAUCCUUUUGAUAUGAGUGAAUGGAAGGAGUCCUUAAAUGCAAGUUCCUUUCAUGCUAGAGAAAAUGGUCAAAAUAUCAAUGUAAGAAAAACACCAGAGACAUUUUUAGGACCAAAUUCUAAUUUGGUGAACCUAGAUGCUUUAGUUAGUUCACAAGGAUCUGAAAGAGAACUUGGAUCUGGAAAUCCAUUUGGUGUCCCACCACCUGUUAGUAAUCCAUUUCAAGCGAUGAGGCCGCCGCCUCCAACUAUCAAUCAACUGCGAGCUCAAAUGCAGAUACCACCUAUAUCUGCAGGAAUAGUUGUUCCACCUGUUCCUGUUAUGCCUGCUCCUGGAAUAGCAAUGGGAAUACCAACAGCUACACCUUUUUCAUCGAGCCCUCAGACUAAUAAUCCCUUUCUUUAGGACUCCAUUGUUUUAGGUUAGAAUGCUUUAAAUAUAUGGCGUGCCUCAUUUGUCAAAUUAUUGGUCAUGUAUUGAUACUGGGAAAGGAUGUGGAGCUAAUUUGAUCUGCACAUUCUUUACUUUGCAUGAGAAAUUAUUCACUGGUGUAUUGUAUAAUUAUUUCCGAAAUUGAUAUUAAAUUAUAUAUUAAUUGAUAGCAGAUGUAGAUAAGAACAAAACAUUUUAUUUAAUUUUUUAGGAAAUAAUUUCUAUUUCCUUAGAUUCUGAAAUGUUGGAGCAGUUUAUUUUUGGAAUAUAAUGAUCGGAUAUAAUCUCAUAUUAUUUUAUUUAUGUUUUAUAGAUAUUAUGCAUGUGUGUUCGAAGGUUCUCUACUGUAUAAUAAUGUGCAGUUUCUAUGGGGGGGGGGAUGAUAAUAGAAGGUUUUAAAAAAAAUGAGUUUUGUAAUGUUAUUUACUGUUUUGAUUGUUUUAAUUUUUCUCUUUCAUGAAAAACAAGCAUGAUUUGCGCAAUUUCUUUUAAUAUCUUGUCGUUUGUUGAUUCAGUUAAAGAAAGUAUUAGAAUGCCUCUUCAGAGCAAAAAUUGUAUGAAAACCCAAUUUUUUAUUCAAACAUGUGGUUUGUGUGCUGAUGACCAGCACAUCAUUGCUAUUUAUUGUACAUCCAGUGCUUCAGUAUUCAAUGAGUGUUGUAUUUGACUGUGUCUUAAACAAGUUCUGGAAAUUUCCUUUUUAAAUAAAUAAACAAUAUAAGUGUUAAUAUGUAAUAACAAAGCGCCAUCUUAAAUGUAAGAUUAGGUGACGGUUUUCUGACUUGUAUAAAAUAUGGGUAAAAGUGCUUUUCAAAACAAAGAUCACUGUAGACUGCAAAAAAAAAAAAAUAUUUUAGUAUUUGUAAAUAAUCAUCUUUAAAGCUUAUAUUGCAAAGAUUGUGAAAUAUUAUCCUUGGUCUGACUGCUGUCAUUUCAAUAGAGCAUUUAAUAGUUUUGAAGGAGUUGAGCACACCAAAGUUACUUUUAGAAUCACAUGAAAUUCCUCUUGUGGUGAUGAUAUAAACUCCUUGGGGAAAAAAAAAAAACGAACUUUUUUUUAGAAAACUGCUUUAUAUUAAUAGAUUGAAGGCAUUUUCUGUGCUGGAUAUCUUUACUCAUCUGUUAUUAUUUAUGUGAUGCAAAAAUAUCAAAUACAAUGCUUCUAAUCAUGUUACAUUUUCAAACUGUAUAUUUAUUAUGUAUGUUGACAUUUUUAAUAAGUUAUUUUUAUUGUAUGUGUGAAAAUCGUUCUUCAAUAAAUUGAUAUUUUACUUGAA